AAGCAAUUUUAGAAUAUUCAUUCAUUAACAUCAUUAUUAUUAUUAUUAUCAUAUGAUAUCAGUGGUGAUGAUGAAGAAUAAGGACUUAAAUGAUUUAUAUUAAGAUGAUAACAAGUUCCCCACGGAGAAUUCUUUUUUUUCUUUCUGAGUUUUGACUUUGGAUCUUUGAUUGAUUGAUUUCCAGGGAUUUCUUUCACUACUGUUCAUUUCAAUCUCAGUCAUUAUUAUUUCAAUCAUACCAACUUCAACUUCUCAACUAAGAAUUUCUUUCUAUCUAGCUCUCUCUCUUUUGGGGAUACUGUGAUGCCGGCUCUGAGAAGAACACAUGGAUGUGCCUUGGCUGUUUUGUGCUGUUUAUUCAUCUCCAUAGCAGCAUCACAGCCAACAGAUCCUUCAGAAGUAAAUGCACUGAAAGGGAUAAAGAAAAGUUUGAUUGAUCCCAUGAACAAACUAAAGAGCUGGAAUAAGGGUGACCCCUGUAGAUCAAACUGGACUGGAGUUUGGUGUUUCGAUAAGGUUGGGGAUGACGGUUACUUCCAUGUCCAGGAGUUGUACUUGAUGACUGCGAAUCUUUCGGGAACUCUAGCACCUGAACUUGGUCAGCUGUCUCAGCUGGAGAUCCUGGAUUUCAUGUGGAAUAAGCUGACAGGCACAAUACCAAAGGAGAUUGGGAAUAUUGCAACACUGAAACUCUUGCUUCUGAAUGGAAAUAAUUUAUCCGGUAGCUUACCGGAUGAGCUCGGCAACCUUACAAAAUUAAACAGAUUCCAAGUCGACGAAAACCAAUUGUCGGGUCCAAUCCCAGUGUCAUUUGCCAACAUGACCAAUGUUAAACACCUCCACAUGAACAACAACUCAUUUAGUGGUCAACUUCCACCGGAACUUUCGAAGCUGCCUAAUCUUAUCCACCUGCUUGUGGACAACAACAACUUAUCUGGUUAUCUUCCACCAGAAUACUCCAUGCUCCAAGGGUUGCGAAUACUCCAACUUGAUAACAAUAAUUUCAGUGGGAAUGGAAUUCCUUCUACCUAUGCAAACUUAUCCAGGCUUGUAAAACUGAGUCUGAGAAACUGCAAUCUACAAGGAACUGUUCCUGAUUUCAGCCCAAUAGCAAAUCUUAGCUAUUUAGAUCUUAGCUGGAAUCAUCUUACAGGACACUUGCCAACAAAUAAACUUUCAGACAAUAUGACAACCAUCAAUCUGGCCAAUAACAAUCUCAAUGGAUCUAUUCCUCGAAACUUCUCAAACCUGCCUCUUCUUCAGGAACUGUCACUUCAGAACAAUAUGUUGUCUGGAUCCAUCCCUGCUGGAAUAUGGCAGAACAUCUCCUUAACUGCAAGUGCUAAACUUAAAAUUGAUCUCAGUAACAACUCCCUUUCAGACAUUCUUGGAAAUUCAACUACCCCGGCAAACGUUACCUUGAGGCUUUCUGGCAAUCCUAUCUGCAAGAAUUCUAACAUUCAUAAUAUUGUUCAAUAUUGUGGAAGUGAAGGAAAAGUAGCAGCCAUAGCCUUGCAAUCAAAACUCAAAUGUCCACCUCAAGCCUGUCCAUCAGAUAGUUUCUUCCAAUACGUCCCAUCUUCCCCACUUCCUUGCUUUUGUGCAGCACCUUUGAAAAUUGGAUACAGAUUGAAAAGUCCAAGCUUUUCUUACUUUCCUCCCUAUAUUACUUCUUUUGAGUCAUAUAUAACUGAUUCCUUAGACUUAGACCUCUAUCAGUUAUCAAUUGAUUCUUAUGCUUGGGAAGAGGGACCUCGUCUUAGAAUGUACUUGAAAAUCUUUCCUUCAUACAAACAAAAUGGUUCCCAUGUGUUCAAUGAGAGUGAGGUCCGUCGCAUUACAGGCAUAUUCACAUCAUGGAAAUUUCCUCGAACUGAUUUUUUCGGACCAUAUGAACUCAUGAACUUAAUUCUUGAUGGACCUUAUGCGAAUCUUACGGGUGGCUCUGAAUCAGGGAGGAGUAAAACUAAAACCGGCGUAUUAGUUGCUGCUAUUGUAGCAGGGGUUGCUUGUGUUUUGGCAAUAUCUGCUUUGAUCUAUAUCCUGAUCACUAGAAAACAUAUCCAAUACCAGGGCAAGCUUUCAAGGAAGCGAGUGUCCACAAAUGUAUCCAUCAAAAUAGAUGGUGUCAAAGCAUUUACUUUCAAAGAGUUGUCUCAUGCUACCGACAAAUUCGACAUCUCAACUAAAGUUGGCGAAGGAGGUUAUGGGAAUGUAUACAAGGGCAUUUUAUCUGAUGAAACAUUUGUAGCCAUUAAGCGAGCCGAAGAAGGUUCCUUACAAGGUCAGAAGGAGUUUUUGACUGAGAUUGAACUAUUAUCAAGGAUACAUCAUCGAAAUCUUGUCCAACUGAUCGGAUACUGUAAUGAAGAAGGGGAGCAGAUGCUGGUUUAUGAAUUCAUGCCCAAUGGCACCCUAAGGGACUGGAUCUCUGGCAAAAAGAGGAGGGGAUGCCUGAGUUUUGUUAUGAGGCUGAGAAUUGCGAUGGGUGCAGCUAAAGGGAUACUUUAUCUACAUACAGAGGCCAACCCUCCCAUAUUCCACAGAGAUAUCAAAGCAAGCAACAUACUUUUGGACUCUAAGUUCACUGCUAAAGUGGCCGAUUUUGGACUGUCGCGGCUUGCGCCAUUCCUUGAGGAAGAAGGAACCGUCCCUAGAUAUGUGUCAACCGUUGUGAAGGGUACACCGGGUUAUCUGGACCCAGAAUACUUGUUGACACAUAAGUUGACUGACAAAUGUGAUGUCUAUAGCCUUGGGAUAGUGUUCCUCGAACUUAUAACCGGCAUGAAACCAAUAUCACACGGGAAAAACAUUGCCCGCGAGGUUAACGUGGCUCGCCAAUCUGACACAAUAGAUUCCAUCAUAGACAGCAACAUGGGAGGGUUCUAUCCAUCAGAUUGUAUAGACAAGUUCCUAAGUCUUGCCCUGAGUUGCUGCCAAGACAAUCCAGAGCAAAGGCCAUCAAUGUUGGACGUUGUUAGGGAACUUGAAGACAUCAUUGGAAUGCUGCCAGAGACUGAGACAAGUUUCUCAAUCUCUGAUAUAACCUCUGAUAGUUCUGGCAAAAUGGCACAAUCUUCAUCAUCAGCAUCAAAUGUAACUAGGGAGGAACAACACACGUCUUCUUAUGUUUCAGGAAGUGACCUUGUCAGUGGUGUGGUUCCCACCAUUGUUCCCCGGUGAUGCAAGGGUAUCGUGUGUACAUUGUCAACUCACAUCUCAUUCCCAUCUGUUUUUCUUUCAAUAGAUGGUAGAUGAGAUAUGAGUCGACUCGAUCUUCUGUGUACAAAUAACAUUUUUUGAGUGGUGUCAUAUUAUUGUAGAUAGCCAUACACACACUUUACAAAAAAAAUUGUAACUAUGGUAAUUGAGCAUCAUUUUUAAUGCUAACAUUGUUAUAUAUGUGAUGAUGGUAGGAGGUAGGAAGUUUAGUAGGGAUGUAUAAUGUAGCUAUUUUCUGAACUCCUCAUGGGGGAGUUUGUACAUUCUACACUAUAUACAGUAUACACAUGUAACCAAAUACCAUUGGUGGAAAAUGGAAUUCAAAAAAAUAAUACUAUUCUUA